GUUAUCAGUUUCGUUCAGUUUCAUUCAAUUUGUUUUGAUCACCACUCAUUUGGUAUCAAAUGGAGGGAAAACGGUCCUUUAAAUUUGUUCUAAAAUCAAUAGUUUUCUUAACAGUUUUCGGUUUUGCUUCUGGAAAUAACUUGCGUUACCAUGACUAUAUGAUUAACCCUCUCGGAAAUUUACAAAGGAAACUAGAGGCUCAAAAGGCAAUUCAGCCUUUUCUUAGUUCAAAGCCGUUUCUGGAAUGGACGAGUCAGUUGAGUAAACAAUCGCUUCUCAAACGAGCUAAUCAGGUGGAUCUACGAAAAUUAAACGAUGCAGCUCCUGUGACAGAUUCCAACCCAAUCAACACCUUUCUACAGAACGUUUUAGGACAACUAACCAAUACUUUUCAGAACAAUACUUCAUCGAAUGGUGUUGGAGAUGCCUUCCAAAAUCUUUUUAACGGUGUUCUUGGUUCUUUGUCAGCCGGUGGUGACCAGGCGAAAGCAAGCAACGGGUCCCAAAAUGGAUCUCCAGCAGGUUCAUUUGGAAAUUUCUUGCAAAAUAUCACACAAAACACGAAUGGCAUUGGCAACUUGAUCACUUCAAUGUUAGGAGCAAAUGGUGGAAAAGGAGGCGCAACUUCUGGGAUGAACUUGGGGAACAUUCUACAGUUACUGAGCGGCGGUAAUGUCGAUCCGAGUACCAUACUGAUGUCUUUCCUAAAUGGAGCAGUGCAGGGAACGAACGCAUCCACAGCCUGUCAGGGGGACUUCAUUAAAGUGAUCAAAGGUCUACAAAACAUGGAGGCUUGGGCUCUGAAAUUCCUGGAUGCAUCCGCUAAGAUCCCCACUGAUCUCCUGAACUUGAAUUUGAACUGGUACGGCUCUUACGACGAGUGUUACAGCGACAGCACAUUCAUAGAGUCGUUUGGGAUUCUCCAUAACACCCAGACCCCCGUUAAAGGACAGUAUUGUAACACAAACCUGAAUCUACCGCUUCCACCGGAAGUUAAAGGGAUUUUGAUGGUUGCAUUACAAAACUCCGGUUAUAUCAAGGCUGGGAUUUGCUUUCCUAAGUCAUGUAGCACUGAUGAUCUCCUCCAAAUUGUAAACGCUUUUCUCUAUAGUAUACCGUUGGGGGACAACAAGGUGACGGCAUGGCCCAUCACGUGUCCGGUGGCUGCCGAGGAGGACACACUGGAAACCGACACCAUAAUAGUCGUGAUAUUUUUGGCUGUUGUUCUUUUAAUCAUCUUGGAGGGAACUUUUUAUGACGUCAUCGUCAACAUCAGAUCAAAAAGAAAUCAAGAAAAUGUUGAAGAAAAUGGAAAGCCGGCAGAAAAUGGAAAACCGACAGAAAAUGAAAAACCGAUAGAGAAUGGGAACAGUUACCCCGAAAAUAAGUAUAAGCUGAGGGCUGAGAACGGCGACAUCCAGCACACCCAACCUGCGGACAAACAUGCACAAAAACCGGGUAUCGUUGGCCGACUGGUUCUGUGUUUCAGUGCCUAUACUAACGGUAAGAAGAUACUUGGUACCUCUCAACCCAAGGGCAGUCUGACGGCCGUCAAUGGGAUCCGAUUCCUCAGCAUGAGCUGGGUCAUCCUAGGUCACACCCUCGUUUUCGUUUUGGGAAAUACAUCCAACAUGCUCCAAUAUUACAACGAAUUCGGCAGUCGUGCAGCCUCUCAAGCUAUCUUCAAUGCUCCUUUCUCAGUGGAUUCUUUCUUUGUUCUAAGUGGUCUUCUGACGUCAUAUCUGCUGUUGAAACAAAUGAAAAAAACAAAGGGAAGCGUCAACUGGGGAUUAUAUUAUUUUCACCGCUACUGGAGACUGACCCCAGUGUACAUGAUUGUCAUAGGAAUGUACGUUACUAUUUACCCCCACUUGAUCUUUGGGCCAAACAAACAAACAUCGGACCAGAUAUGCAAGGAUUUUUGGUGGAAAAACCUUCUUUACAUAGACAACUUUUUUGGAAUCAAAGACCUGUGCCUUGGCUGGUCAUGGUACCUAAACAAUGAUAUGCAGUUCUACAUCUUAAGCCCACUUCUUAUUGUACCAUUUUUCUUUAACCAGAUUAUUGGGAUCACAGUGAGUGUCGUUUUCUUGUUGGCUGCUACCAUUACUCCAGGGGUGCUUAGUUACGUCAAGGAUUUCCCCGUCCACUUCCUUGGUGGAGGGCCAAAGGACACUGACCGAGCUGCUUAUUUUGAGGAUUAUUACAUUGUUCCUUAUUGUCGAAUGGGACCAUACAUCUGUGGAGUGAUCACUGGCUACAUACUGUACAAGACAAAAUGCAAAUGCCGGAUGAAUAUUUUUGUGAACCUGUUGGGGUGGGCUGUGGCCACAGCCACGGCGUGUGGCUGUCUAUAUGGUAUAUACAACACUGUGAGGCCAGACAACCCUGUCUACCUCUCGAAAGAAGUCACGGCUCUAUAUAAUGGAGUCAGUCGCACUGCAUGGGGAGCAGCCGUAUGCUGGGUCAUCUUUGCUUGCUCCACUGGCAAUGGCGGGUUCAUUAACACUUUGUUGUCGUGGAAGGCGUUUGUACCUCUGUCCAGACUGACAUACUGUGCCUAUUUGGUACAUCCUCUGGUUAUGUAUGUCUAUUAUUUCAACUGGAACUUCCCUCUGUACAUGACCGAUCUGGACUUAGUAUACCUCUUCCUCGGCAAUCUAGUGGUGUCUUAUGGAAUCGCUUUUAUUGUUUCGAUCGCGUUUGAAUCACCUUUUAUGGGUCUUGAGAAAAUCAUGUUUGGUGGUCUUGGUAAAAAAAAGAAGUGACGUAGAACAUACGCUGGUUUAUGGCGUGUCGUAUUUUAUAAAUGUGAUCUAAAAUAUUUGAUUUUCAGCAAAGUACAUAAAAAAACAAUUGAACAAAAUUAAUGUUGAUUUUUAUCUACGUAUUAUGACCACAUUGAAUUAAUUUGUUAAUAUAUGUGAUUGCUUUAUGCCUCAAAAAUAUUACAUGUAUGAUAGAAUCAAAAUCAUGAAACCACUGAGUAAAUUGUUAAUUGUGUUGACAUCUUUUGAUACUAUGAUUGACAUGAAAAACAAGACAUUCCUAUGAGUUUCCUUGUCGACACCAUACGAGUAUCAAAAUCAUGACAAGGGUGGUCGAAGAAGCACUCUUAUUUAGUUUUUCUGCCAUUGUACGAUGAAUGCAUUGCAUUAUCUACGGUGUAUUAUCUGUAAUUGAUACAUGUAUGAUCUGUUUGAAUGACUUCACGUACAACAGUUCUUUAAUUUUAAACAGAAACUUUAUUAAUAUUCUUAAAUAAAGGCUAGCAGUGCAUUGUUAAAUGAAUUUACUCUUUUUUAUAAACCUGUUUCGAGGUUGAUUUCAAUUUCCUAACUCAACCAGCAAUUAGAGUAAGAUAAAGUACAACUUAAGCAGUUUUUUGCAAGUAUUCAGUUAUAAACUUAAAAAAAAAAACCACGCCGACUGAAUAAACGGUUUACGUAGGGCAUAAUUUAUGACUCCUAAAUUAUUGCAUUUAUUUCCAAAAAGAAAAAGAAGAAUUAGCCGUAUCAAAGGUAAGUAUGUUUGCUAUGGGAGGUUAUUUGCAUAAAGUGUUAUAAAAAAAAAGGUUAUUAAAUAAUUUAAUUCGUGCUGUAAUUUAACCCAGAAUUCCAAAAUCUGUGUUAUCUCUAGACUUCAACAUGAUGAUCAAUACCAAGAUAUUUCAGUCGUUACGUUAUGAAAUAAAUGUGAAAUACAAUGGUUAGUUGUACUAAUCCGCUUCUUCUGCUAUCUUUCCAACCUAAACAUUUUUUAGAAAAAUAUUUAUUUAAACAUGAGUCAUUUUCAUUUGAGAGAUAACUUAGAAAUCGCACAUUAAACAUCGAAUUGAUAAACAGUCAAACAUUGGCUGGCACCGCGUGAGAGCAUUCUGGAUAUUGACACCAUGUGAUAUGCUGCAACAGUUUUAAAUGGCCUCGAUGAGAUUUUUGGACUCUUUCAACCAUCUGGAAAGUUAGGGUUCGGUAUAUUACAUGUAAUAUAGAAAUCACAUUUAUUUUCUAAACUAGAACAUUUUGAUUUUUCCUCACUAAAAAGCAUUAUAUAAUUAUAACAUCAUACAUUCCGGUGUGUCCUGCCUCUCAAUUAAAGAAAAAACAGGAAAUUGUGGUGAAAAAAGGGGAACAAAAUUCAGUGCCCUGUUAUAAAACGUGCGAUGUUUAUCAUGACAAUUAUUUGUUUUGCAAAUGCCGCAUUUAUUUGGACCCAAGGUGUCAUGACGCGUCACAUACAUGUAUGUAUAUCAUGAUUUGAUCACGCCCCAACGAAAUCAUCACCUAAUGAUAUUCAAAGAAUGAUUUCUUAUUACUACAUGUAGUAACCUAUAUUUAAUUUAUUUAAUUUUCAGCAACUGUUGAAAAUAGGAGAGCCCAUAAAAGCCAUACGGCUUUUAUGGGCUAUCUUUAGGGAAUAGUUGUCAUUUGUAAGUCAUGACAUUGUAAUCUAUACACCUAUAAUAACAAUAUUGAACAUAUUGAUUUUUUAUGAAGUUGCAUAGUGCUGUGAUAAUGUCUGUUUUUGAUUUGAUAUAUUUUUUAUGUGUAAUCACCGCAUUCUGUGAUAUAUUUACUAUAUACCCGGUAUUUAAAUACGGUUAGGGUGAUCAAACCCCGUAAUUGAUCACCUCAUAUUAUUCAAAGAAUGAUUCUUUAUUACUUAUUAUAUUAUUAAUAAUAUAAUUUUCUGUAAUUGUACGAUCAAAUAUUAAAUAGUCAUUUAUGAAAUAUAUUGGACUAAAUAUUUCAAAUCGAUUUCCAGUGUUAUCAUAAUCAUAGAAACUUAAAAUUGUAAAUAUGAGAGUAUAAAUAUCAUUAAAGACA